ACAAAAUGUCCUAGUUCAAGUAGCAAAAAUAGGCUUUCAAUUUCAUCCAAUAGGCUGAUAUUCAAUCUGCCAGCCUUGCUGUCACCGGUUUACUGUCGUUAUUUGCUCCGACGUUUUUUGAAACGAGGUUUUGAAAACCGAGCAGUUCGACAAUAGAGAUCAACUAUUGCACCGCUUCUAGAUAGAUUACCUAGCGUACUAAAAUUAUUUGAAGGAGUUAUUUUCUAAUAGGUUGGUGGUUUAAUAGGUGUAUAUUGGAUUUUUAGAGAGAUUCAAAACUGAAAACGAACAAAUUGAUUUGAAAACCAGUCCGUGUAAAGGUCAUAAAAACAAAAAAAAAAACUUUUAUAGAAACAAUGAGAAUUGAAGUGUAUCAUGUUUAAUAACCAUUCAGUAAUCAGUGACAAAGAUGUCGGGUGUAUCUUGUAGGCUUUUUGUGAAUGGAACAAGUGUCUCUAGAUAGGUAAAGUUUGUCGUUUCAACGAAAUCACUAGAAAAAAAUUGCGCAGAUCUGCCUGUAAACAUGGCUGAACCUUCCGAUUACUUAGUAUAGGCGGGAUGUAAUGAUUUGGGAUAACCGUAAAGUCAGUGUAAGGUAACAGUGAGGUGGACAAAGAUCGACGGUGUCAGUUCGACAGACAAACGAAGCUGGAAGUCGAAGGCUUCUAUUCAAUCCGUACUAUAUGCAACUAUUACAUUUGCGUAAAUCUAUGUUGUCUUAGCAAUAUUCUCUAAGCGUCUAUUGCGCAUCCCUAUCGCUUAUCACCGCAAAUCCAUUUAGCGCGCAUCUAUCUGUUGCUUGGACAUAGCGCCCGUCCUGCAAACCGUAACCGGAUAUCUUGGCCCUAUCUGGUCCAUUUUUGAUUCAAUAGUUCCGUUAAAAAAAAACAAGGAAUACGCUUAUUAAACCGUGCAAUUUAGUAGUAGCCCAAAAAUAGCUCUUCGUUCCAGUUUCAGACCUUGGGUGAUGAACGAUCGCAAUCCUGAAACAAUUAGAGAAGGCCAUUGUGCUAUUACAUAUAUCGAUUACUCGUCAUUGUCCUUCUUCUAGCCACAGGUCCACUUAAAGGAUUAACCGUUUUCUAGCCUUUGUAUUAUUGUGAAGCAACGCUUUAACUCUUUUACCGCUAUCCUUUUAAUUCUGCGGUGGGUUUUACGAUCACAUUUCCACUCAUAGAGAAAAUUUUAUGCCCCUAAAAACUAAUAUUCGAGUGUUCGAGCUUGACGGAGCAUCACAAGAGAUGUGACGUUUGCGAGCUUAGUAUCCAUACGAUGGCUACCAUAGCGCAAAGCAGUCCAUAGUGGAAUUAACUGCAGUAAACGACUUCACAAAAAACUACGCGCAUUCAGCAUCCUUCACUCACUCGCCUAUCCAUCUUCGAUCAUGAGGGAUGAAAUUAUAGGGAAAUACCUGUACUCUCGAAGUUUACUAGCUUUUUCUUGUUUUGCGUGGUCUCUUGCUUUACGAAGCUCCGUGUGCCUCCUCUCUAGUCAGAUAUGCUCCUUCUCUUUACCUUCUUCGAUGGACUCUGCGCAGUGAUUUUUAGACGAUAGCAUCAGCCAGCUCUACGUUGUAUAUCCGCAAAUUAUCUUGCUCAUACCGUUCAAUGAGAGCAAAACAUGACCUGCUCCGUUUAUUAGUGCAGCAAACUCACACGCUGUGUCUGUUUGAUAAUAUCGCUUUUCAUCCUUCAUCGUCAACCUCAAUCAACAGAAUAGAGAAAUACGUAUUCUAUGGCAAGCAUGGAAACCAGACGCACACACAUGUAAGCACAAACAGUGUGCUUUUGUGCACCUCCUUACGUUUUUAAGUCUGUAUGGACCUGUUACAUGUUACUAUGCUGUUUUCUGAUGGCCCGCAUAGCCUGCGUAGACCAGCGGCUCGCAUGUUACUGGACCAGCAAAAUGUGACUAUAAAAAAUAGUCAUUAAAGAAAGAGUGAACAAACACAGAAGAGACAAACAACCAACGCUUGCCCUGUCUCCAAUAAUUUUUUUUCGUCGUCGAAAAUGGAUGCUUGAUCAUCCUGGCCCGAAUUAGCAAGGUCAUGUCGCAGUGUUUGUUGCCCGGCAUUAGCAUGCGCCUGUGCUUAGCCGGCGGCUCUUUCCACUUCAGGUCAUUGUGGUCUGGUCAUCUGCCCUCUCCAGCAGCAACGGGUCAGCGGCCUUUCGUGUCGGUUCUACACUAGCCAGGCUCAGACUGCACUCCCGAAAGGGUAAGAGUACCUCUCCCGCUGUUCUGUGGAAGAGAACGUACGCAUGACCUGUGUUGUAUGCCCAGGAGAGAACGGUGGAGAGAACAAGCAACAGCUGACUGACUGAUGGCAACUGGCAGCCCAGAGGCAAUAGACCUCUACAGGGCUGGGGUGUCAAGUACGCCAGGCAAAGACUCAGGUGGUGCGGGACGCCGCCUUGGGAAAUGCCUGGCUUGACGGAUUCAGUGUACACGCCGCUUAACCACGCUUUUCGUGAAACAGUUGUUUUUACAGAAGAUGUCAACAGCAAUGGAUCGGCACCGAGCGGCUGUGCCGAUAUUAAUAGGGUCGAGUCUGAAACGACAGCUGACUUCUGUGGGAAACUUUGCUGCGCAGGCACAGGUCCUCAAAGAUUGUUGGAUCGCCUCCCUAUCGUUUCCUGGUUACCAAAAUACUCGCUUGAGGAUUUGUAUGGUGACGCUGUGGCUGGUACUACAGUAGCAUUGACAGUGAUCCCUCAGGGUUUAGCGUUAGCCGGCGUAGCGAACCUGUCACCACAAUAUGGCCUAUACACAGCCUUUAUGGGCAGUUUUAUUUAUAUCUUAUUUGGUUCUGCCAAAGAUUUGACAAUUGGACCAACAGCCAUUAUGUGCAUUAUGACGGGACAAUAUACCAAGUUUGGCGGAGCGACCUAUGCAGUUCUUCUCACGGUACUUUCUGGAUGCCUUCAACUAGUGCUAGGUUUGUUGAACUUAGGGUUCAUUAUGGACUUCAUCUCUGGAGCAGUGAUUUCGGCGUUUACUUCAGCAGGCGCACUUACCAUUGCUGCUACGCAGUUGAAAGGUCUUACUGGCAUUAAAAUUGACGCCGAACAUUUUUUUGAAGCCAUCUAUCAGCUGGUCGCGCGUUGUACGGGAAUCAGCUGGGCGGACACGAGUCUAGGAGUUGGCUGUAUGAUCGUCUUGCUGACUAUGCGAUACUUUCGUACCGCACAGCUUUCCGAAGGCACUUUCGGUCUUUCCAAAACGCUGUUGCGAGCGAUCAACGUUACUUGGUGGGCGAUUGUAACUACGCGUAACGUUAUCGUUGUGCUUCUUUGUGGUGCUCUUACGGCUCUCCUCGAAGCCCAGGGAAAACGACCGUUUGCUUUGACCGGCAAAGUUCACGGUGGCCUGCCCCCGUUUAAAAUCCCUGAUUUCAGCUAUACGUACUUCGACUCGAAGACUAACACUACAGAGACUAAGCAUUUUGGGGAAAUAGUUGCUGAGCUGAAUGUCGGUAUUUUCGUUAUUGGUCUUUUGUCAAUCCUUGAAUCCAUCGCGAUUGCUAAAACGUUUGCGAAGGGAAAACGCAUCAAUGCGACUCAAGAGAUGUUCGCUCUAGGUUGCUGUAAUGUUGCCGGAUCGUUUGUGUCGGCGUUUCCUGCCACCGGCAGCUUUUCCCGUACUGCCAUAAACAACAUGUCCGGUGUGAGGACGCCUAUGGGAGGUUUUUUCACUGGUGCUAUUGUCCUGGCUGCACUCGCCUUCAUGUCACCAUAUUUUUACUUUAUACCAAAGGCGACUCUCGCUUCGAUCAUUAUCACAUCGGUGGUAUUCAUGGUGCAUGUAGAGGACGUUUCCGUGAUGUGGAAAACCAGCAAAACUGACCUGAUCCCAUUUGCCUUCACGUUCUUUGGUUCUUUCAUCUUUGGUCUCGAAUACGGGAUAAUGAUGGGUGUCGUAAUGGCAAUUCUUCUUUUGCUCUACCACAAUGCUCGGCCGACGGUCACCGUUGCUCAUGUUAAGGCGUACGGAUCAUCAUCAUAUGUUCUUUGUCGCAUUGACCGGAGCGUCCUGUUCCCAUCUGCUCUUUAUGCAACGGGCAAGAUCGGUCGGAGGCUGAGGGAAAGCGUCUACGGGACCGAACAGGAACAAACACUUGUCGUCAUCGAUGGCUCCCAUUUGCCCCGCAUUGACUAUACUACCUGCAUGGCACUACGAUCUUUGAAAGACGAGCUUGCGAAGGACGGUACUGCUCUGGCAUUCACUGCCCUAAAUUCGUCUGUAAGCAAAGCGGUCUCUGCCGCUCUUGGCGAAAACUUUCGGUACUUUUCUUCAUAUAAAGAAAUUGAGGACUUCGCUGGAAAUUUAGGUGUUACCAAAGUGGGCGCUCCCGAGGACAUUUAAUCAACUUUCGACGCACCUUCGUAUUUACUCGAGCCGGGAGGCAGUUCACUAUUUCAGCUAUUUAGAUAGAAGCUGCUGCUUUAAAUCAGAGCAAGCUAAUAAGCAAAAUCAAAGCAGCUCAUUGAAUCUGAAUAAAAAUACUUACACACAAACAGACAUACACAAAUGAUAUAUAUUUUUUUCGCUGUAUGGAACAAAA